AUGUCCAGCAUCAUAAAAUUACGUACUCGCUUUUCGAAAGCCCUCUCUCAAGAGAAUGUCGAGAGCUUUUUGGAUGUAUUGAAAUGCAUGAAUGCACAUGUCGAUAUAUCGGAUUCUCAGGGUCGAACAAUGCUGUGGUACUAUGUAAAGACGCGGGACUAUCAGAAAGCCGAAUUCCUUAUUAGGUGUGGCGCAGACCCUACUGUGGCGGACUAUGAAAGGGUGGCGCCCAUUCAUGUUGCUUUAAUGCAGGGUGACGCCAUCGACAGAAUCAUAGCCAGGAUGUUACUGCAUUCUCGACCGACUGUGCCCGUAUCUGAGAUGCUUCAGAACGGCCCGAGUCUCGAUGAACUUUUUUCAAACCACGCCAAUACUCCUGACAGCGCCAAUACCAUGAAGCUUCUUCUGGAGCUGGGUGCAGAUGUCAAUAUUAUCCUUAACGUGGACAACGAAACACCAUUGAUACAAGCAGUGCGCUACGGUGACCUCAAAGUCAUCAACGUACUGCUAGAACACAGGAACAUCAAUCUCUACGCGAAAAAUCGGUAUGGGUACACGGCAUUGCAUGUUGCUACUUGUUACAAUCAGCUAGGUGCAGUCAAUUUGCUCCUAUCCAGCGAACGCCUUGAUGUAAAUUGCAGGGACCACCAAGGCAACUCUGCCUUCUGGCUGUCUGUACACCUCGGGCGGGACGAUAUCAGCGAGCGUUUUCUCAAUGACAGCAGAGUGGAUAUCAAUUUCAGGGGUGGCACCAAUCCGCGAAGGCAAACCACAGCUCUCUACAUCGCCUGUUUUCGCACGAGUGUCCGGAUGGUUUCCUGUAUUCUUUCAUCGACACAUUUACACAGAGUGAAUCCAAAUAUCCAAGGAGAUGGCAGACAAAGUCCUCUUGGAGCUGCUGCUUAUCAAGGCGCCUAUGAGGUAGUGGAUAUGCUGCUCAAGGCAGAUGGUAUUCGGCUCAACGCAAGUGACGAAAGGGAAGACGAUCCUCUGUGGUUGGCAAUCCAAACGCGUUCAAUGUCGGUAGUUCCACUUUUCUUGAACGACAGCCGACUUGACAUUAAUUGCCAGAACAACCAAAAGGGAGAUACUUAUCUCAUUGCCGCAGUUCGCAAUGGCAAUCUUCCCCUUGUGAACAGGCUACUCGGAUUUAAAGGCAUUGAGCUUACGAGAAGGAACAAGGAGGCUAAAAGUGCGCUAGACGUCGCCCAUCAAUUGAAUCACUCCCACAUCAUCCAAAUGAUGGCCGGUAGAGGGACUGAGUGUUGA